UGGGUUUCAUUUCAAGUAAAAGCAUUUGCUUAGAAGUGUAUACAGUUUUUGAUAUAUUUUUAUUGAUAAUUGAAGAUAAUAAGUAAUAUUUCAUAGUAUAAGCUGAAGAAAUGUUUUCUAAAGCAGGUUCAUAAAAAAUAAAUGGGAAUUGACAAUAUUUCAUUUUGCAAAAUCAACUGAAAUACUGAGUUGGAAAUAAAAACAAGGUGAUUCCUCUUACACCUUUAAUAAAAAUGAAUUAUCUUGAUAUUGUCUACUGAGAAAAUUAAUUGCUUAUUCCAUAAAUAUGUCCAAUGUGUGGAACAGGAAUCUUUACCGUCAACAGCAAGAAGCAUUUGUUUCUGGUCAUGGUGGGACAACAUCCAGAGAAGUUGUAUAUGCACUUUUACCAAACAUAUGCAGCAUUCUUUUAACUAUUACUACACUAGGUCUUAUAAAAAAAUUUAUUCAUAAAAAUGUUAGGGUUCUUAUAGAAUUUAUAUUAAUCGUAGUACCAUCCAUUUUAUGUUGCACAAUAUUAUCAGAGCACAUUGCUACUGUGUGUUGUGCUAUGAUGGUGAUAUCUAUUAUCAACAUGCUAUUGCUAGGAAUUAAUUCAAGUGCUUUGCCAACGUGCAAUGCAAAGCUUACUUAUGGCAAAAGGCCUUUUAUUACAUAUUUUAGAGCAUUGACUAACAUAAUAACAGCAAUAUGUAUAUUAGCUAUAGAUUUUCACAUCUUUCCUCGCAAAUUCGCGAAAACCGAGGUGUUUGGAUAUAGUUUGAUGGACACUGGUGUUGGAUUAUUUGUUCUAGCCAAUGCUUUAGUAGCUCCAGAGGCUAGAGACUUUUCUCCAAGACUCAGAAUAGGUUUCCUUCACACUAUAUCCAGGAACAUAAAACAAUCAGCUAGAAGUUGUAUUCCAUUGUUGAUAUUAGGUUUUGGCCGGUCUGUAGCCAUUGAAGUUCUAGGAUAUCAGAAACACGUAACUGAAUAUGGGAUUCAUUGGAAUUUUUUCAUAACUCUGGCUUUUGUUAAACUGUUCACAAGCUCCAUUACAAGUACUAUCAAUUCUAAAUACUCAUUGUUAUCAGGCAUCUGGAUUUUAGGAAUGCAUGAAUACAUUUUAAGCACCAAAGGGUUGAAACAAUGGGUUUUGAGUAAUAGACCAAGAAAUGAUUUUGUUUCUGCUAACAGGGAGGGAGUGGUGUCUGUACCCGGAUACGUUGGGCUUUAUUUAAUAGGUGUAGCAAUUGGUAGACUGAUACAUUCCACUUAUCAGAAUUCACGCGGUCAAAAUUCAUUACAGUACAAGCAUAAAACGUUCCAUAUCAAAUUGUUCGGAUACGAAUUCGACGCAAGUUACAACGAAUCCAUGAUACUGUGUAUUAAAUUAUCUUUGAUAUCUGCACAAACUUGUGCAGCCACUUUGUUCUGUGAUUCGUAUUUUAGAGUUUCGAGACGGUUAGCAAAUGCAGGCUACUGUAUGUGGAUACUUACCUUAGGUAGCAUGUUACUUACGUUAUUAUUAUUGGUAGAAAUAAUUACGGACCUAUUAAUUCAUGCAAUCACGGAUUCAGAAUUCGUGGAAAAGAAAAGCAGAACGCACAAAACGAACGUUAGAAAUAAACGGGAACACGUAGUCGAAGAAUCUAAGGAAAAGAUAAUUGUAGAUACCAUCGAAAUAUUGGAAGCUGUGAAUUACAAUGGUCUGCUUUUCUUUUUGUUAUCAAAUUUAAUGACCGGUGGUAUUAAUAUAUUAAUACCAACGUUAUAUGUGAAUCAAUCAAAAGCAGUGCAAAUAUUGAUUGCAUACAUGGCUGUAAACAUAACAUCAGUUUUAUUGUUGUAUAGGAAACAGGUACAGAUUAAGUUAUAAAAAUGUACGAUUCGUUGUACUAGUCACGCAUCAGGGUAUACAAUUUUAUAUAUAUUGUAAUGUAUAUACACAAUUAACAUUAAAUCACAAUCAGCCUAAGUGACUGAUAA